CGCCUAAAGCCAAGAUCCCGCCCGAACAUUAACGACAUGAAACGCGAGUGGUCCAUAUUAAUACAAACCACGCCCUCGGUCGUUACGUCACCUGGGCGCUGGAACUCCAGUAGUGAUGAUGUUGUGGUUAUCCAUGCCGCCGUUACCUCUCUUGAGUGUUGUCUGGUAAGGGAGAGCUUCUGGUAGAGCUCCCCACGCAUGGAGUUGUGCUCGGACAGUGUGGUGGCAACGCUGGAUAUGUCGCAGAACAAAAGCAAAGACGAGGAGCCUUUCAACAGUGACGGCGACUACGAGAGCUUGCCACCUCAUGUCUCCGUGACGACCCACAUGACAGCGGGAGCAGUGGCUGGUAUACUGGAGCACACAGUGAUGUACCCCGUGGACUCUGUCAAGACAAGGAUGCAGAGCCUGCAACCCGACCCAAAUGCACAGUACAAGAGUGUGUACGAGGCUCUGAAAAGGAUCAUCCGGACUGAGGGGAUCUUCAGGCCGCUGAGAGGUCUCAACAUCACUAUGAUUGGAGCGGGGCCUGCCCAUGCACUCUACUUUGCCUGCUACGAACGAGUGAAACGCUCACUGAGCGACGUCAUUCAGAGCGGCGGCAACAGCCAUUUAGCCAACGGUGUGGCUGGUAGUGUGGCAACUGUUCUUCACGAUGCAGUCAUGAAUCCAGCUGAAGUGAUAAAGCAGAGGAUGCAAAUGUACAACUCUCCGUAUCGAGGACUUUGGGACUGCAUCCGAACUGUAACAUAUACUGAAGGCGUUGGAGCCUUCUACCGCAGCUACAGCACACAACUGACCAUGAACAUCCCCUUCCAGGCUGUUCACUUUAUCACCUACGAACUGAUGCAGGAGCAGUUAAACCCUCACAGACAUUACCACCCCGGUAGCCACAUAUUGUCAGGCGCAGCAGCAGGAGCCGUUUCCGCAGCAAUUACUACUCCGCUCGAUGUCUGCAAAACACUGCUCAACACACAAGAGAACAUAGCACUCAGCUCCAUGAACGUCAGCGGUCACUUGACUGGUAUGGCGAACGCUUUCAGGACGGUGUACCAGCUCGGUGGUCUGUCAGCCUUCUUCAAAGGGGUCCAAGCUCGGGUUAUAUACCAGAUGCCCUCCACCGCCAUCGCCUGGUCGGUGUAUGAGUUCUUUAAGUACUUCCUGACAAAGCAGCAGCUGCCUCAGGAGCAUGAGGCGGGACCUCGCCCUCUCUAACAGAAAGUGCGUUUGAGCAGCACACAGGUGGGCUGAUGACAGAAAACUCAGACAUGAAGGUGUAAGAGGUCUUGGCAUUUUUCCACAUGCUGCUGAUGAAAUAACAUGACUCAUUUUUUACAAGGAAGAAUGGUGGGGGUGUGGCAGAGAGAGAAACACUCCUAACAGUGUGUUAUUUUUCAGUUAGCAAUGUUCCACAACCAUGAUAGGCAACAAAGAUCACUAUAUAUGUCUGUAUAGAUAUUUAUAUAUCUAUAUAGAUAGAUAGAUACUUGUAGAAGAAGUGAUAUUGUUCUUCCUCCAGUCCACAAACUCACCAACCCCAGCUUUUCCAAACACUCCCAUGUUGUUUGUUGUUUCUAUUUCUUAAUAUUGGAACUCCAUAUUUAUUUUCUUAGCCUGUGUGUGUGUGUGUGUGUGUGUGUGUGUGUGUGUGUGUGUGUGUGUGUGCACAGAACCAUCACAGCACAUUCUUUAUUUCCACGUCUCUGCUGAUGAGACAGCUACACGUUCCAAGUGCCUUAUAAGCAUAUAAAACCCUGCUUAACCCUUUUUCCUUUUCUGUUCUCGACAUAGGAAAUCUUCCCAUAUUUACAUUUUCUUUGGUCCAAGUUGCAUCAUGAAAAGCACACAAUUCUGCUAGAAUGAAUUAUGAAUGAAUACAGGCUCUUUGUAUUGGCAUCAGUCACAUCUGUUAAACGCACACAUAAAUCUGCAUCAAUUCUCCUGAUUGUUUUGGGGGGGUUUUUGUAUUUUUUUUUUUAAAUUAAAUACUAAAUACUUUCUUCCUGCCCCCUGAGAGAUCCCGUUUCUCUCUCGGCAUGAAGGUGUGUAGGCCGUAGCGGUCCAGCUUUUUGCCUGCACAGAACUGCAGUGCAUCUGAAUCACGCACAAUUUAAAGAUCGUUCGCUGUUACUGAAGGCAGGCAGCUUGUUUAUGUGUAUUCAAAACACGAAUACACAGCGGUGACUAUUUCCGAGAAGCCUCUCUGUUAGCCUGGUGUGAUGUUCAGCUUUCGUGUGAAUCGUGCUGACCGUGAAGAUUAAAGCUGUACAUUGUAUGUAAAAUGCUUUUUUAUUUUUGCGCACACACCCUGUGAUGCAAAGUGCAACGUGAUGACUUGACGUCAGACGUACACUUUGUUACCACGAGGCCAGUAAAAACUUGAUCGCAUCAGUAAGGGUAAGCAGGCAUUGUUAUUUCUUUUAUUUUCACUCAUCCUGUUGUAGUUACACGUUUCCUGUGUGCUCUCUGCUCUUUUCAGCCUAUUGUCAUUUUGCCAGAUCUUGAUGUUAUCCAGAAAGCAGUCAGAUGUAUUUAUUUUGAAUUAAGGAGGAUAUUUUUCUUACCCGGGAAAAGUUUGACGCAUUCUCGUUGAUCUCGCAGCCCCAUCAGCCACCGAUUCCUCACAUUUGUACAGUUGGGUAAACGAUACUAAACCAAAGACAACCUAUGCAUUCUACUUUUAAUCUGCACGAUGUUGCGUGCCUGCCUGCGGUGGAUUUUUAUUCCACUUUUUGCGAUGUAGUUUUCACUCAGUAGUGUUAAGAUUUACAGUCACAUCUUCAAGUUUGGAGCUCAUUGGUGUUCUGAGCAAACACCAUUGGACUUUUAUUUUUUGUUGUUGUUCUUUUGAAUGUCAUAAAAAAAAGUUUGAAUUAAUCUUGAAAAACUACAGUGCAACCUAAUUUUUUACAUAGUGAUAUGGUUGACUCGGAAUAGACUACAUAAACUAUUCAUAUUGAAUUGUUUUCACAUGGAUGGAUAACAUGUUUCAAUAUAAAAGUAGAUUGAUGUUUCAGUCUGUUGCACACAUUGUGUCUUUUUUUAUUUUAUUAUUCUUUUUUUAGUUGGAUCCGCUGAGGAAAAUCUCAGAUUUUGAGGUAUCUGUUAAUAACUGAGAUAUAAAAGUAGUGUCAAAAGUAUUUUGAAACAGAAAAGCUGAUGUUCUAUGUGGUUUGAAUAAUGUAAAUAUUUUUAUGAUCUUUACACACAAAAGUGAGUGUCAUCUCCAGUGACAGAAAUGCUUGAAAGUUUGACCCUGCAAAUACAAAAUGAUUGUGAUAAUGCUGCUACAGUAUGCAACACUGGAGCUGAAAUAAACAUGUAAGUGAGAAA